AUGACUCUCGACGUGCUACAUUUCAUCGACAACAAGGGAGGGAACGCGGAGGAGAUCCGGGAGUCGCAGCGGAAGCGCGGCCUCUCGGUCGAGCUCGUAGACGAGAUCAUUCAGAUGUACACGGACUGGGUCAAGCUGGACUUCGAGGCGAACAAUCUAGCCAAGACAGUCAAUGGCGUGCAGAAGGAGAUAGCAGCGAAAAAGAAGGCGCAGAACGCAGACGAGCUCGUCGCUAAGAAGAAGGACAUUGACGCGCAGGUAGCGGCGAAGCGCACAGAGUCCAAGGAACUGGAGGCGAAGAUGCGCCAGAGAGCUUCAACAGUCGGAAACAUCGUAGGCAAGAACGUCCCGGUCAGCUUGACAGAAGACGACAACGCCACCCUGAAGACAUGGCACCCUGAGGGCAAGGAUGUGGAGAAGAAGUCGGACAUCAUGCCUCAUCACGAGGUGCUCAUGCGACUAGAUGCGAUCGACAUGGAACGAGGUGCCAAGAUUGCAGGCCACCGAGGUUACUUCCUCACAAACGACGGCAUCGACCUCAAUCAGGCGCUGAUUUCGUACGGUCUUGACUUCUUGCGCAAGCAGGGCUACAAGAAGGUCCAGCCGCCGUUCAUGAUGAACAAGGAGGUCAUGGCCAAGACCGCGCAGCUUGAUCAGUUUGACGAGGAGUUGUACAAGGUCAUCGCUGCAGACGACGAGAAGUACCUGAUCGCAACCUCGGAACAGCCCAUCUCCGCCUUCCACUCGGACGAGUGGUUCGACUCUCCCGAGACGCAGCUCCCGGUCAAGUACGCGGGCUACUCUACGUGCUUCCGGAAAGAGGCAGGAUCGGCCGGCCGCGACAUGUGGGGCAUCUUCCGCGUGCACCAAUUCGAGAAGGUCGAGCAGUUCUGCAUCACGGAGCCCGAGAAGAGCUGGGAGAUGCUCGACGCGAUGGUCGCGAACUCGGAGGCGUUCUACCAGAGCCUCAAGAUCCCCUAUCGCGUCGUCGCGAUCGUCUCUGGCGCGCUGAACCUUGCUGCCGCGCAGAAGUACGAUCUGGAGGCGUGGUUCCCCUUCCAGGGCGCAUACAAGGAGCUCGUGUCGUGCUCGAACUGCACAGACUACCAGAGCCGGAGGCUUGAGGUCCGGUGUGGACUGAAGGCGAAGGACCAGGCGCGCAAACUGUACGUCCACAUGCUCAACGGCACGCUCUGCGCAACGGAGCGCGCGCUAUGCUGUCUCGUCGAGAACUAUCAGACGCCUGAAGGUCUGGUAAUUCCUGAGGUCCUGCGGCCAUACAUGCAGGGCCGCGACUUCCUGCCGUGGGAGAAGGAGCUCCCCAAGAGCUACCAGCGCAAACAGGCGUAG